AUGUUCGUGCAAUGCCAAGCGAUGAUCCAUGCGGGCUGGUUCGUCUCCACGGCAUCGGUUGCUUUGGGGAGGAGCAGCUCGAAUUGGAUACCCUCUCGAUCGCUGGCGAGCCCCAAUUUUGCCCCUUUAAUCCGCUGUGCUUUACCUUUCAUCGGCCAGGAAUCUGUCGCUUUGCUUUUGUUGAUGAUGAUGCAGAAGGACCAGCGGAAGGCCAUGCCGGCCAAGGGGCCGACCGCCGGCGCGGCGAGCAGAGUCCACUCGAGGCGAGAGCGGAAGCUCGCGCUGCAGCAGGAUGUGGACAAGCUGAAGAAGAAGCUGCGGCACGAGGAGAACGUCCACCGUGCUCUGGAGCGGGCCUUCACCAGGCCCCUCGGCGCGCUGCCCCGCCUGCCCCCCUACCUGCCGUCUCAGACGCUGGCUCUUCUGGCGGAGGUGGCCGUGCUGGAGGAGGAGGUGGUGCGGCUGGAGGAGCAGGUGGUCAAUUUCCGCCAAGGCAUCUACCAGGAGGCCAUCAUCUUCUCCUCCGCCAAGAACGCGCACCUCCCCGGCGGCGGCGGCGAGGGAUGCGUGCCGGCGCAGCCCAUGCCGUCGAGCCCAACCCCAAAUGCGGAGCUCUCUCCAACUGUUCGUCCGUCGCCGAACGGCAAGCAGACGCAGACGCCAAGAAAACCGACUCCCGGUCAGGCGAGCCAGGACGAGCACUCCGGCGUCUCCGGGGCCGGAAAGGAGAACCUGUCGUGCAGCAACACCUCGACGGCCAGAAACUGCCGCCUGCCGCCGUCGCAGAAGGUCGCCGCCAAAUCCAGGGCGCCGGCGGCAGCGGCGCCAGAGAAACGCAGGGCUGCUCCUCAGGCGAUCAGUACGGCGCCUGACCGGAAAAGGGCCGCAGACGCUGCCGGCAAUGACUCGGAGAAGGCGGCGGCCCCGGACGGGUCGAGCGCGCCCAACAGGCUGUCGGAGGAGCUGCUGAGCUGCCUGCUGACCAUCUUCUCGCAGAUGGGCUCGUCGUCGACAGCAGCGCCGGCCAGCGGGCAAGACGAGGAGCAGCAGCCGCUGUCCCCGUCGGUGUCAGGAUCGUCGUCGGAGGACGCGUACCCGCAGGACCCCUACGGCAUCCUGGAGCUGGGCGGGCGGGACGUCGGGCCCUACCGGCGGCUGCGCGUGGUCGACGCGGCGUCCUUCGACCGCGACGCGCUGGCCGGCAACACGCUCCUCGCUCGGAGACUGAGGGCGUUGCUCCGGAAGCUGGCCGCGGUUGGCCUGGAGGGGCUCUCGCACCAGCAGAAGCUGGCCUUCUGGAUCAACGUCUACAACUCCUGCAUGAUGAAUGCAUUCCUGGAGCAAGGGAUACCUACCACGCCCCACAUGCUCGUGGCCAUGAUGCCGAAGGCGACGGUAGAUGUGGGCGGGCGCACGCACAGCGCCAUGUCCAUCGAGCACUUCAUCCUGCGCCUGCCCUACAGCGUCAAGCACGUGAGCCCUGACGCCGAGGGAACCAAGGGCGGCGACGAGGCGGCGCGCGCUGGCGCGUUCGGACUGGAGUGGCCGGAGCCGCUCGUCACCUUCGCGCUCUCCUGCGGCAGCUGGUCCUCCCCCGCCGUGAGGGUGUACACGGCGGCGCGGGUGGAGGAGGAGCUGGAGGGCGCGAAGCGGGACUACCUGCAGGCGGCGGUGGGGGUGUCGGCGCCGGCGAGCCUGGCCAUCCCCAAGCUGCUGCACUGGUACCUGCUCGACUUCGCCAAGGACGUGGACUCGCUCAUGGACUGGGUGUGCGUGCAGCUGCCGCCCGAGCUGCAGCAGGGCGCCAUGCGCGCCGUCGCCGCCGCCGACGCACGCCGCCGCAUCCAGGUGCUGCCCUACGAGUUCCGGUUCAGGUACCUCCUCGCCGCGUGA